GCCGCAAGCCGCAAAGUUUCGGGACUUUCGGGUGUAACCGAGUGAUUUCGGUUUUGCCGAAUGAAUAUCGUGGGAUAAUUGUGAAUAAUCGGUACGAUACUUUUUACAGUGACAUCCCGGACGAAAGCGAUGUUUAUUUUCGCACAUAUCCCGCGCCGAGAUCGCAUUGCAUGACGAUUUCGCACGGCGCGUGAACACCUGCAUGCUUGCAGUUAUGUGCUUCCAUUGUGAAAAUACAAGUGCUUUAUGGUGAUAAUAUGUCAAAACCAAACAUAAGGAAGAUAACGGCUGACCCUACGAAAUGUAAUACAGACUCUUCUCGACGGCCGAGUGUGUUUGAGAGGUUAGGCACCAAACCAGCGAUCACCGCCGCCUCCGCUCAGAAUACAUCGGAUUAUUGCAGAAAUUGGGCUUUGAACGGCAGUUGUUCCUACGGAAAGAGUUGCAAGUACGCAAAUACACAUACAUUAAUAAGUCCAUCCAAACGAGCUAAGAAAGAUAAUGCAAUCGCAAGCACAUCCGGGCUCAUUGAGGACCCUUUUAAACGACUCACAUCGAAGAUUGUAAAGAAAGCAUCUCAUAGCCCAGACUUAAAUAUAGAAGAGUGGAAUCAAACAGAUCUCGAGUACGAGGACGAGAAGGUAUUAGAGAGACGGCGGCAAUUAUUAAAACGGGAACUGGAUCUACAAAUGAAGAAGGAUAAAGAAGUACAUGGCAAGGAUAAAGUAAAACAGAAGAAGAAAGCUAUGAGUUCCUCUUCUAGUUCGCGCACUUCUAGCACAUCUAGCAGCAGCAGCAGUUCUAGCAGUGAAGACUCAUCUUCCACGUCAACGUCAGAUUCGCGAAAAAAGGUCAAGAAGAUCAAAACCAAGAGACAUCAUGGUGCUUCCACAGAAUACGAUGAGGAUAAAGAAAGAAAGAGAAAACUGAAGCUCAAAAGAUUGGGAGCAAAGAACGAUAAGGCUAUCAGCAAGAAGAAACGCAAGCUGGAAAUUAAUUCCACGAAGAAGGAUAUCACUGUGAGAGCAAUCAAGAAACACGGAGCGUCCGUAUCCAGAAAGCAUUCUAGUUCGUUACACAGUAGGUCGCCCACAAUACAACAAGGACCUGCAAGUGGUGUCACGUCUUCGUCAAGCGUAGUAUUGGGCUCCUCAGUUUCUGUAGCGCAUCACGCGUCAUCGACUAGCAAAAUUCGGGAGAGAAACAGAAGCGAAUCGCCGAAAGCUAUAAAGAGCAGCCGGGAGGUGGACAAGGAGGAAAGUAGGCAUUACAAAAAAGUGCGCGAUGUGGAUGAAUGUCUGUCGAAAGACACGAGUAGUCCAAAGACAAAGUGUAAAUCAUUUGAAAAAAUCAAAGAACAGCAGGAUAAGGAAAAAAGUCGUGCGAUCGACGAGAAAAUCAAGUCGGACGAGCGACAGAAAUCCAAGUGUAAGGACAAAGACGUGCGUUCGCGCACGCCACCGCCGCCGUCGUCAACGGACCGUUCGUCCAAGCACCAACACGUCAAAGAGACCGUGCCGUCAAAGGCGCGACGCAGUCGGACACCCGACAAGGCGUCGUUGAGAGCGCGGCGCGAUCUCACGCCGGCGAAGAAUCCGGAAAAGCAAGGCGGCUCGUCGAGUCGCGUGAGGGACAUGGAAAAAAAGGAGCGCGACUCGCACAAGAGGGACAAGAGCAAAGAGCGGGAAGACGCGCGAAAAAAUGAGCCGGCCUCUUCCGGCAAGGCAAAGCAAAUAGCGGUGCCGAGCCAAGACGAGGGCUAUCGAAGGGGCGCCACGAGCAAGGACAGCUUUGACGAGAAGACUUACGGCGGCGACAAGGCGCGACAGAAGAGCCGCGAGCGCCAACGAGAGAAAGAGAUGAGAGACGAUCGCCAUUCGAGGCUACCUCGCGAUCAGCGCCAGGAGCCUCAGCGCGACAAGGAUAAGGACGAGUCUCAGGAGCGCUGUCGCGGCGAGAGGCAGCGGGAACGGGAUCGCGACCGCGAUCGCGAUCGCGAGAGAGAGCGCGAACGCGACAGAGACAGAGACAGGGAUCGUGAUCGCGAGCGCGAGCGUGAUCGCGAGCGGGAGCGCGAUCGGGAGACGCGAGAGCGAGAUCGUGACCGCGAUCGGGAAAGGGAGAAACCCAUGAAAUCGCGGGAGAGAGAUGUGCCCGCUGUGGUUUCGUCCGCGACGCUGAGCCUGCCGGUGGACAAAAAUUCGCGUUACGGCAGCAGAGUCAAGGAACGACCGUUAAGUAAGGACGUGCCGUUUGAGAAGAGCAGCGGCGCUCGCGAGCGGAGCAGAGGUGAGCGCGAACGUGAGCGGUCCGAGACGAAGGCUCUCGCCGAGCGCGAGCGAGGCUCCGUGCAGUCGCGUCUGGACGGGAGAUACGAGAGGAGCGGCGUUGUCGGCGAGAAGGACAUGCCGCCGAGUCGCGGCAAGUCGAGCGUCAAUUCGCCGCGGGAUCGCAUGGACCGUUUUCGGGAAGCGUCCCUGGACCGUGCGUCCUUGCACGAGAAGAGCGGGCACGCUGCCACGUCAUCGAGCGUACAGUCGGCGGCGCCAAUGCCUUCCAUACCGACGACCCCGUCUUCGUCGGUGGCGGUCGGAGUGCCCGCCCUGUCGUCGUCCCGCGAUCACCUGCUAGAUAUGGUGGACAAUCACUACGAUAGAGACCGGCACCGAAGAUUCGGCGUGAGGUACGAGCGAGGACACGCGGAGCAGCACGGCGGCAGGAAGGAUCAGCCGCGCAUCGAAGCGAGUCGCGUCCCGAGCAAGAUCGACCGCAUGGUGGAUCGACGGGACACGAGCAGCCCGCGACGAGCCAUGGAGGUGGACAGAAACUUCGGUAGGAAUUACGGCAGAAUGCCGGAGCAUUGGGACGAGCAGGAGGAAUCGUCCUCCCACGUGGAAUAUCGAGAUCACGCUCACAUUCACGAGGACGACAGGCGGAAGACUGUCGAGGGCAGGAGAUACGACAGCCCUUUCGAGGAAAGACGCGUUGCUCGCGAGGAACGCACCAGAGAAUCGAGAUACGUCAUUCAGACUACGGAGCGAACGUCCUUCGACGAUCACCGUCACCAUCACCAUCAUCAUCGACAUCCUAUUUAUCCGGGCGAUAAAAUGAGAAGCGCCGGAGUUGGCAUUAGAGAUGAAAAUGUUUCUAAUGAAGAUUGGGAGGGACACCAUCGCGACGUAGAGCACGGCCGAGACCGAGGUUAUCCAACGGUGGAAUGGGAGGAGCGCGAAUGGCGCACGAGAUCGUUGUGGGAAGGCAGAGACAGUCUUCCACGCUCGGAAAUACACGAUGACGAGUGGAAUUCCCGAUACGACAAUUCUAUAUCUGAUUGGAAACCCAAUGAUGCGCGGAAGUGGGAUAAUCAGAAUGUGCAUGUUCGAUCGCAUUAUAGAAACGAGCGCUCGAAGGACUUGGAGCUCGGAGAAUCUGCACAACAUAGCAAAAGACGAUCGUAUAAUGCGCCGGAGGCAAGAGAAGAGCCGACAAUUCAUCCUUCCGCUAAACAGGCUGCUAUUUACGGCAGUAUGAAGGAUGAACCUAUCAAUAAGAAGCUGAUGGAACUCGCCGAAGGCAGAUCGUGCGCAACUCCUAGAGAAAAAUCAACGGACAAUUUCCAGAAAAAGAACUCGCAAAAGGAGAAGCCUGAAAUCAAGGAACCGAUCCUGACAGAACCGAAACGUCCCAUUGCCGAUGAAUCCUUGCAAACUCUUCACACUGAGAGCGAUUUGAGUGAUAUUAGUGAUGAUCCUGACGAUAUAUUGAACAUGGAGGAAGAUACUACGGAUAUGGAAACUAGUAAAGCACGAAUAAGUAAAAAAGCACCGGAUGCUGUUCACCGCGAUGCGCAGUUGGCCGCACAGGAGCCAACACAGCUCUCUCCGAAAGAAUCCAUGGAAGAAACUAUCUUCAGUUCCAAGUCAAAGGAUAAUGCCGAUAUGGUGUCAUUGAAAAAUAUGGAGGACGAUAAUAUGGAGACGAUGGACUUUGAAGAAAUUUCUGACGGUGAACUAGAAGAAGACAUUAAAACGAGCGGCAAAGGAUUAGGCGAUGCUUUAGGCGUCGAUUGGGAAUCUCUUGUGAAGGAAACGCAAGCGAGAAGAGCUGUGCCAUCCAAUCAAAACUCGACGAAUCGAUGGCAGUGUAAAGCUGUUUUCUACAGAAUCGGUAUAUCUAAAAAAUAUGCUGGUGAAGAUUUCAUGAAAAAACUGCUAAAAAAAUAUGAGAAGAAUGAUAAUAAAGAAUUCUUACUUGAUAAUAUCGCCUUAAUGCAUACGGCACUUGCGCGAAAUCGAUUGCUACAAGAUUUGGGCAAUGGCGCGAUGCAUACUGUGGACGAUUCUUUGUACAGAAAUAAUAAUGCGAGUUAUAACGAAGAUGUGGACUAUGAUUGGGAAACAUUGAAGCCAAAUGCUGCUUUGUAUGAGGAAGCGAAAUGUUUGUUACAGCAAAUAGUAUGAAAAUGUGAUACUUUAAAUUAUAAACAAUCAUUUUCUUUAUGUCGACUAUAAAAGUAUGUACAUAUUUACUACCUUUUUCAAUAAUCUAUUUCGCGAUGUAAUAAAUUUAUUACAUCUUGUCUUCUAAUCGAUAUGACUCUAUGAUCUAAUUGUUAGUUAAAUACAAUUUCCGCCUGAAUGAAUUUCUAUCACUUUGAUAAAGAUUGAUGUGUCUUUGCGCAUAUUGCGCAAAGUUUCGUGUUUAAUCGUGAUUAUUGAAUACGUAUUUGGUCAGAUUAAUAUGUGCUUAUGUGCAUUUUAUCAUGAUAAUGGUAUAUGUAUACAAAUUUUUGUAUUAUAUGAUAUAUAUAUGUCGUGCAUUAACGCACGGAAUCAGAUAAUCAGACUGUGAAAAUUAUAAUACAGAAUAAUGUGUCUCUUUA